AUGGCUUAUGCUUCUGGGUCCGAUGUUAGGGAUUGUACCAGGGGGAUCAUCUAUGUAUGCGCGCCGCUUUUCAUAGUGAAUACGCUGGCAUUCCUGGCAUUGACGGCCGUGAUUGCAGUGUUCUCUGCUCUGCGCGUGUACGCACUCUGGCAUGGGUCAAGGAUACAGUAUAUUUUCCCCGCCAUUGUGCUCAUGCUUGGGUUGGUCCCAGUUGGGACAAAUAUUUUUGGCUGGGUACAUACUGUGGCUGCGUUCUUGGACAAUCCGCCGUUUACUAGCUGCGAAUUCUACAUCAAUGUCCCACCGAAGCUCAACUCAGACGUAAUUGCUGCUGACGUCCUGGUCCUCGUUUUGACAUGGACGAAAUCCUUCAAGCAAUUCCAAGAUAUGCGACGACUCAAACUUGGCACGUCCAUUUCGGCUGUACUUCUCCGAGACGGCACGGUUUAUUUCAUCACCCUCCUAGCCACAAAUACUCUGCAGCUUCUAACUUACUCGAGUGCUUCCUUCCAUGGCAGUUUUGCGGAGGUCUUUAUUCAGCUUAUGCCUGCUAUUCUGGUGCAACGCUUCAUGCUUAACCUCCGCCAGCUCGGCCACACUUCUGGUGAGAUUAGCUCUGACCCAGAGCCCUCUUCACGCCUUUCCAUGAAUUUCAGAGUUCCCUCCGAUUUCCUCGGGAACAUUGGGGAGCCUCUGGACUACAGCCAAUCAGAGAAAAUCCAUGAGGAUGGUGACAUUACGACGGAGGAUCAACAUGAAGAGAGCACUGCAGAAACACCAUGCACAGACUGGGAUAAUUUCAUGGAAGCUGGCGUUGCCCCAGCGUCGCGGUCCACUGAACAUGCAGGGGACAAAGACAGCACUGGCUCGCCCAGCCAAGAUAUUGCUCUCCGAGGCGUCUGAAGCCAAAAGAAAAAAAGCUUGGCGAUCAAGUACGUAUGC